AUUUGAAAGGAACGAGCCCCCUAUAAAGCCAGCCCCUCAGGGCCAGGCCAGGCAACUUCUCUCCCAGCCAGUGCAUUGAGACAACAUUCCUCCACCAUGAACUUUUCAGGAAAGUACCAGCUCCAGUCCCAGGAGAAUUAUGAAGCCUUCAUGAAGGCUGCUGGUGUACCUGAUGACAUCAUACAGAAGAGAAAGGAUGUUAAGGGAGUUGUUGAAAUUGUGCAAAAUGGAAAGCACUUCAAGUUCUCCAUAACUGCUGAUUCGAAUGUCCGAGUCUAUGAGUUCACCCUGGGGGAGGAGUUUCAGAUGGAUACUCCUACUGGAGAGAAGGUCAAGGCUGUAGCACACAUGGAAGGUGACAAGCUGGUGACAGAUCUCAAAGGAAUGAAGGCAGUCACUGAACUCAAUGGAGAUACACUCACAUAUACCAUGACCUUGGGUGAUAUUGUCUUCAAGAGAAUCAGUAAGAGAAUUUAGACAUAUCUGCUUUUCAUUUAUUUUUACUGAGUAAAAUGGAUACAAUAAAAUGUGGCUUGUUGAAAUAAAUCUAUCUUUGAAGGACUCUA